GUUUUUUCUAAAAAACACAAAAAAAAACUAGUAUUAAAACUGUCCAUAUGUUAUUUUUCAUUUUAUAUCUUUACACAGUAUUUAGUUAGUGAAUGACAUAACCUAAAAAUUUCUAUAUUUGAGUAUAUGGUGCUUAAAGGAAUAUGCUCAAAAUAAGCAUACAAGUUUAAAAAAUUUACAUUUUAUACAUAUAUUUUUAGUUUAAAAGAAUACCAUUUGUUUAGAAAACUGCAGGUAUCGAAUUUUUCACAAUCUAUGAGAGAGCCUUUACUACCGAAGUCAAUAUAAAUAUCGAUAAGACCCAAAAGUCGUAAGUUAUGGCUAUUUAUUGUUAUAGCAAAGAAAUAUCUGAAGGAUAAAGGAGUGAAAUAUACACUCAAGAACAAAAAAAUCCACUUAAGUCGUGGUCAAAAGUCUCUAGCAAAACAUCUGUAUCUUCUAUUCUUUUUCUGACCUCAGAAUUAAUUUUUUUGACAAAGAAAAAAUAUCAAACGAAAAUGAAUCUUAAGCAAUGAAAAAGGGUUAUAAUUAAUUAUACAAUAAUUAUGUUAAAUAUGUAAUAGUUAAUGUACUCUCCCUCCCCUGGCCUUAAUAACAGCUUCCAAUCGCUUCUUCAUGGAUCGAGAUUGUUUACUCGAUGUUGUUCGAUGCUAUCCCAUUCUUCAGUAAGUGCAAUUUUGAGUGCAUUCCAUAAAGGAUCGAUAGAAUUUAAGUCCACGUCAUAACGGCAAUUUCCACAUCCUGUAAAUACUAACGUACAGACCUAACCUGCAAUAUGUGGGCAUUGUUCUGCAUUAGGAUUUCUUCUAUGUAUCGGUUCGUCGUUAAUCCUCCAGCUCCACCACCAGUUUCAAUAAAAACCCAUUCAAUUUUUUCUUCCAUUGAAAUUACCGUCCAAACCAUCCAGGAACCACCUCCUAAAGCCAAGUUUUCUUUCAUACAACACUGCGCUAAUCGUUCUCCAGGUCCUCUGUAGACUCGUCCUCUUCUAUCACAGUUAUGCAGGCACACUCUGCAUUUACCUGAGAAGAUAACGAAGUCUCAUUAUUCGCCAGUUCAAUUAACGUGUUGUCUAGCAAAUCGUAGACGGGCUGCUCGGUGUAAUGGAACUAAUUUGGCUCAAGGUUAGGUUUCUUAAGUCUUCUUCUGACUGUCCAAUCACUUCUCGCGUUUCUAUGAGCUCUUGUUGGACUUAAAACCAGUGAGGGCUUGAUUUCUCAGCGACGUGCACCUUUUUCUUCCGGAACCGCGUCUUCGAUCAAAGUUACCAGUCGCUUGGUAACGACGGUAAACUGUGGAAGCAGCACACUGACUCAUGUUCAGCGAACUGGCAACUUCUCGCUGCCUCUGGCCUGGUCGCAAUAGGUUGAUCGCUUAAGCAGCUUUAUCACUUGUUUAAUGUAGAAGUUUGUUUGUCGUUAACGGAGAUGUUUAUCGGUUGAAGUUUGAUGGCUACCUGCUAGUGGUUAGUCAGGUAGAUAACCUUUUAUAGUUGGACUUUGAGAGCAUUUUAUAUAAUUUUGAGGCUAAUGCUAUUAUCUUCAAGAUUUUAUUAUAAAAAAUCCAAUUUCUUGUUCAGUUUUUUCGUCAAUUACACGAGUGUAUAUUAUUUGUACGUUUAUUUGUUUUAAAUAGUCCAGUAACUUGUCAAAUGUUCUACAACUUGUAAAAUAUCCUGUAUACUGUCACUACUGACAACCGAUGUCAAAACAAAUUUUUGAUAUAUUGACCAAACAUCGUUGUAUACUUUAAAAUAUUUCCAGAUUCGGAUUUAAUUUUACGUUUAUUUUUAUUCUCAUUUACAACAAUGUCUUCGCAGCAACCGAAACAAACCACCUUGUACCAUCAUUCAUUGGUAGUGGUACCUCCACCACCAGCAAAAUUCACCCUAAGUGAAUGGCAUUUAAAUAAUUCGUUUAGGAAUAGAAUAUGCCUGGACCAACAAAAAUUAGCUGACUCCAUUAUUGCCGAAAUUGAUAGAUCUAUAGACGAGGUACAAGAUAAAACUGACCUGAAUAAAAGAGAAGUGGAUCACAAUUUAAAAGAAAAAAUUAAAGAUAUCGAAUUCAUUAAAUCGGAGAUAGAGAUACAAAGGAAAGAGGUGUGUAAAGAGGAAGAAAACUUGAAAAUGUACAUGGAAAGAAUUAAAGAUUGUUUGGAAGCAUGUCAAAAAAAUGGCUUAGAAAUUGUUAGAAAAUGUAUCAUACUUAGAGAGGGAAGGAUCGGAAUUGAUUUUUGCUACGACGAAGUAGACAGAGAAUUAAAAAAAGAAUUAUCAGUUUUAGAGGGUGGUAUAAGCUUGCUGAAUAGAACUUUGCAAGAAGCAAAUGAACAGAUCAGGCGUUUAAGAUCCACUUUUUACUUCAUGGAUCGUGACCUAACAGACAAAAGUACCACCCAUAAAAUUGAUAGUUUGAACAGUACUUUGACCAAUACCAGUCUGAAUCUCAGUAUAUACCAUGGAUUUUCACCAUUAGACCCUGCCAAUAUCACAUUACAAGAAUGGGAAAAAUUCACCCAAGAAAGCAUAAAUAAAGCUGCUAAAGAAAUUGCUUGUGCCAGGCAGCUUCGUUCUUAUGUGGACAUAUUGCUUAAACAAGCUAUCGAUGACAUGGAUAUGCAAUGUAACGCUACAAAUAAUGCAUUUAGACGAAGAAUUGAAGAAAUUAAAGAUAUAAAAAUGAGAAUGGAAGUACAACAUUCCGAAGUUAUGAGACAGGCAAACGAAAUGACAAGAACUAUAACAAAAUUAGAAAAGGCUUUGGUUGAAAAAGAAGGAUACAUGGCCCUGGCUCAUACUAGGUUAGGUAAUCGAGCGCAACGUCCUGGAGUUGAACUGUGUAAAGAUCUUGUUGAAAUAGCUCUAGUCAAUGAAGUCGCUGAGCUAAGAGGUAACUGUGCCAUUUUACAACAAAAAAUGGCAGAAGCUCAGGCUUCUUUACGAUACCUUCUAAAAACACAGAUUCAACUAGAAGAGGACAUAAAUAUAAAAACCAAUUCAUUGAAGAUUGAUGAAGUUGACUGCAUGAGUCUUCGACAAGCAAUGGAUUAUCAUAGUUUUUGAAUCUAAUAUUUUUACUACAUUGUGAGAAAUAUACAUUGAAAAAAAAUCUAGUUGUAUCCUGCAAAGUUGGGUAUUGUGUAAUAAUUUUAUUAAUCUGAAUCUUUUUGACUGAUCACUUUUUGGUUCUCUUCUUUUAGGAAAUCCCAACAAUAUUGAAUUGAUAAAAAUAAUAAAUUCUUUGGUUCCCUUAAAAAA